CCGAAGAUUACGAUUCAGUCGCUCUUUACAGUAUUUCGACAGUUAGUGAUUUUCAGUUUUUUAGUAAAUAUGACUGUCGUGAACGGUAUCGAGUUUUGUACGGCCAAUUAGUGAAUGUCGUUUGAGACAAGUCGCGAAUAAGUCACGUUAUAAUAACAGUUUCAAGAUGAAGGGAGUAAUAACACAAUUUGUGGCUAUGACAAUUAUAUCAGUUGGGAACUUCUUCACAGGCUACAGUGUGGCGUGGCCUUCCUACGCACUGACGGUGUUAGAGGGAGAGCAGAGCCCCAUUGGGACCAUCAGCAAGUAUGAAGGCAACCUGGUCGGAUCCCUUCCCAUGUUAGGAAGCCUUCUGUCCACCCUGGUCGUUGGAUGUAUCUGCGAUCACAUUGGAAGGAAAAACACGGAGUUACUCUGUGGAUUGUGUUUCGUUUUAGCCUGGUCAAUACAAGCAACAGCCAAAAAUGUAAUUCUACUACUGAUAGGCCGAUUUAUAAUCGGCGUAGCGGGUGGGGCCCACUUCAUAGGUUGUCUGGCAUUUGUCAGCGAAAUCUGUCAAGACAACCUAAAAGGACCUAUGACUACUACAUUGAUGUUCACAUACUGCUUUGGCACCCUAGUAUCUUAUGUCACUGGCUGGUUGUUGAGUUAUCAGCUGAUUAAUUAUCUGAAUUUGACAUGGAGUGUGUUGUGGGUGGUGCUAAUAGUUACCAUCUUGAAGGAGACUCCGGCGUUUUUACUGCAGCAUGGAAGAGAAAAGGAAGCUUUAAAAUCUUUGAAGUUCUAUCGUGGUGAGUCCUACACUACACCGGAUAUUUUGGAUGAACUUGCUUACUUGAAAGGACAGAAUAGCAAUACAAAUACCGUUUCCGGACCCGUUAGAGAAACAUUGAAACUGAACGAUGAAAAAUUUGACGAAGGAUAUAAAACUCAUGAAAAAGAUAUCAGUGCUUGGAGGUUGCUAUGCACAUCAAAGUCAAAUCAACGCGCAGUUUUCCUGACAACCACGAAUGCUGUAUUAUUGGUGUUCGGCGGUACGAUAGCGGUCCAGGCAUACGCGGGCCCGCUGUUCACGAGAGCUGCGCCUGCGCUGUCGCCUCACAUGUGCUCCAUCAUACUGAGCGUCGCCUUCGCAGCAGGCAGCCUGCUGUCCACUGUAGUCGGCGGGUUCCUGCAAAGGAGGAUCCUCAUGAUAACCUCAGCACUAACAUCAGCGUUAUUCCUCGGAGUUCUAGCAUCUCUCGUCCGCUGGUCCUGGGGUCCGCAGUGGAUGGUGCCGGGCGCCGUUCUGGCUUAUUGCAGCUGCUUCCAGCUGGGGGUGGCUAAUGUACCCUUCGUGCAGUUGUCAGAGUCCUUUGUGCCUAAGAUGAAAAGCCUGACAUCGAUGAUAGUGUCCAGCGCCAUGUGCAUAGCUAAUUUCGUGGUUCUGGCCUUGUUCUCGCCUACAGUGGAUCUCCUCGGACUAGAUGGCACGUUCCUCAUGUUCUCCUUCAUUUGUGCUGCGACCGGACUCUUAGCGUUCCUCACCAUGAAGGAAACUAAAGGAAGAACUGUUGAGGAGAUACAAGAAAUGUACGCGAAAGGAUUAUUUAAUUGCAACGGUUGA